GUUGAGAGCUUGAGGGGACAUUCUCCUGCCAGCACAGUCGGUGAGUCUGCUGGUCAGCUGCUGAUUUUGGUGAAAUUAUGGGAGAAGGGAGACUGCUGCUGUUUUUCACCACCACCACCCUGAACCAGCUCAUCCUUCUAGCUAUUUCUGUCUGCACUUAUCUAUAGCAUCAUCCCCCUUGUGCCUGUGUACCUGCCAAGCAUUCAAAACAGGCGCUGCUGUGACAGCCUUCUUCUUUCUCUCCAGCCUGGAGGAUAAAUGACUGGAUUGGUUUUUUUUAAUUGUUUCCCUGCAUCAAGAAUUUACAGUGGGAAAGCUAAGCUGCAGAAAUACUUUCAGGGGCGGGUGGGCAGGCUGGCAUAUCCCUGCUUGUUUUUAGCCCCUAGAGAGGUCCUGCAGCCUGGUCCUGGCUGGCCUCACUCACCGCCCUCUGCAUCGGUGCUCCCUUUGGAAGUGAUGGUUUCCUGGAGUGAGAUGUGGUCUUGGGUAAUGACAGCAAAAGUCUGGACACGAGAGAGAAGACCUGGACCUGAGUUGCUCACGGAGGGAUCCAGAAGAGAAAGCUGAAGUGCUUGGGUUGACUGGAUAAACUGGCUCUCAUUCAGAAGGAACCUGACAGAUUUAUUUUGCUUUCGUUGAACGUCUCUACUGCUCGUCAUAAAGGUCUCCUGGAUUCAGAGGCUGCAUGGAAGACAAUUGAGCAGCACAAAAAUGUGACUGACAAGAGACUCCAAGCUUUCUGAUGAGGAAUUUUCUACUGAUCAGUUUAUAAUUUAAUGUGUAACCGAAGCAUGCAUAAUCGUUAACGCAAUAGGGAAAGAAAAGCUUUCUCAUUAAUUAGGACUGCCAAAAAGCAGUCACCUGAAGCUUCAAAAUGAGUGCUCCGUUAAUCCCAAACAAAUCAUGUUAUGCCCAGCUUCAGGACAACCUCAGUGAAAUAAAAAAUAAUAAUGAAAGCAUAGUGAAUGUGGGGGAUACCAAUGCCAACCAAAUUGUGACAAAGGUUAGAACCACUGAAGGGGAUGUUAAGAAAUGUGGUUUGACAGAUGAGAGUGGGAAUAUACACCCUGGUGGAUCAGAGAAAAUUACUCAUCUGAAUACAGAGCAGAAUAAACUGGCCUUCAAGGACUCUCGGGCCUGUCACACUAGUUUACAGGAAAGUAAACUGCCCUCCACCACAAGCAGAGAAAUGAGGAAAGACUGUAGAACCAUCGAAGCUAAAGACCUAUCAAGGCAUAUCAAGAUUAGCCGAGGACAAAGUUUGUCCAAUUUAAGAAGUAGCACAAAUGACGCCAGCCUGGAGGUUUUUCCCAAAGGUGAUGUUGACUUCACCCAGAACUUUUCUAAGGGUAAAAUGUCCAGGGCUGUGGAGAUGGAGAGAAUAAAAAGGCUUUCUUUGGGAAGACCAAGUAAAUUCUCUCCUCAAUCUGAAGCGUUUGCAAAAGACUGUGUUGGCCGCGUGUCGUGUAAACGUCUGCUCUCUGUGUCAUUGGACUCCAUCGACAGGUCACACCAUUUGAUAGGAAAUACAGAGAAAUCACAAAAAACAUCCACAGAUCAUUUUCUUGGGAUGGUGUUUCAUCCACUUGACAAUACCUCAGAGGAAAAUAAUGUUUUUUAUUCCAAACCAUCUACCUCAGGGAACAAGAAAAUAAGUAAACCAGAAAACGUACCAAAUGUUAACAUUGCAAGCACACCGCAUGCUUCUCAUUUUCAACAUUCAACCAUUAAGCCCAACGAGAUUGCUAGUAAAUCAGAAGCACAAUUAGGUCAGGGUGGUAAAAGUAAAAAACUGGAGCUUAAGACUCCACCAUCUCUACAAUCUAAAAAUACGUGUCAACAAAAGGUUGAGAGAAUUAUGCUGGUAGAGUUCCUGGGAUGUCAAAAAGAUGCAAAUAGAGUGAUGGAGGAACACAAAGGCUCUGGGUCUGACACAUCAAAAAUUCAAACUUCCCAUUUUCAAGACACCUGUGAGAAAGUAGAGGAUCCAUCGUCAAGCCAGGUGGUAUCCUAUCCUGAUGACAAAUUCCUAAAUGAUAAUGUCACCAUCAGUGGAGAAGGGAAAAGAAACAAUGACAGUGACAACAAGGCAACUAACCAGACUGGCGAGGAAUAUUUUACUGACAAAGAAGUGGAAACAAUAUUCUCACUCACCAGUAGCAGUACAUCCAGUGGCAAAGUGACACCUAGAAAAAAUGAAAAUUUACAUGAAGUGGAUGCAGAUUUUGCUGAAACAGUUGGUGAACAGCUAUCUUUUAUACACAACAUUAGUCUACCUGACAGCAAACCCUUAAAAGUUAAUGAGAAUAAACUGAUGCUAGUCAAAGGAAGCACUGAAGAUGCUGCUCUGCCUGCUUCUGAUCUCUCAGAUCAGCAUGGAGCACACAGUGCAGAGACAGUGUCAAACCAACAACCUGACAAACAUGACAGUGAUGCAGAAACCUCAAGCCUUUCACUUCCAAGUAAAAAGACAAGCAAUGCACAGAAACAUCCUCCAGAUGAAGCACCAGAGAGCUGUAAGGAUUCAGCACAGGCUGAUGCCUUUUUAUGUGUUCCAACUCCCCUGCGCCCAGUGGCAAUGCUGGAUGUUAAUAGUCAGACCAUGCUAUCAAACAGUAAUUUGAAGGACCUUUGUGCACUUCAUGUUGACAAAUUGUCACCUUCCUCUGUCCUACCUCCCAUUGACAGCACGCAGUUGUUAAGCAUAUCCCCUAAAGUGCCUAUCAAGACUGCUUGCAGCAGUGCCAUCCCAAAACCUAUCCUUGUCAACUCCAAGGGCUCCCUCACAGACAAGGUGGAUGUGGACAGUGACUGCAGUGAAAAAACAGAAGAAAGCGUUGAGAUGAAACCUGCCAUACCAAGGCCCAAACCUGUGAGACCUAAAAUCAUCACAUACAUUAGAAGAAAGCCUCAUUCAAUUGAGCAGCUCGACCCCUCAUUUGCGCCGACGGGGCUUCCUUUUGGUACCCCUGCCUGUGGCAUGCCCAUCCCUACAGAGCAGAAGACAUGCAACGGAGGAGAGGUGAAGCCUCCCAACAUCUUGUAUGACAAGUUUAAACCUGACCUCCAGAAGCCAAGACUCUUCAGUUCUGGACUGGUGGUGUCAGGAAUUAGGCCCCCAGGACAUCCCUUUGGUCCGAUGAGCGAGAAGUUUCUGCAGGAGGUUGGGGAAAGGCCUGCAAAAGAUGAGUUUUGCCCUCCACCAUAUACUCCCUAUGAGGUCCCACCAAGUUUUUAUCGAUCUGCCAUGAUACUCAAGCCACAGCUCGGACUGGGUGCAGUGUCCAGGUUGCCAUCUGCAAAAAGCAGGAUUCUCAUUGCAAGUCAAAGGUCCUCAGGUAGUUGUCUUCAUCAGCAAGGAGAAAUAACAAGUGCUCCCAGCCUCUAUCAACCUGAUGCUUCAGCUGAUCUUAAGAAAGGCUCAUGUUCGAGUGCUGCAAAGUCAAAUCUCCCCAAGCCCUGCCAGUCUGGACUUCGUCCUCCAGGUUAUUCGCGGUUGCCAGCAGCUAAACUGGCUGCAUUUGGUUUUGUCAGGAGCUCAAGUGUGUCCUCAGUCUCCAGCAACCAGUCCAACGACAGUGCUCAGAGUGAUCAAAGCAGGACAACCAACCGUUCCAGCUUUGGAAAUGAAGAGCAAACCACUCCUAAGGCAUCUGCACCACCUAAAGAUGUCCCCAAGGGGAGCAGCAAGAGCACGACACAGAUAUCGAGCAGCACAGCAACUCCACGCAGGAGCUUCCUGCCAGCACCGAAAACCGCCACAGCACCUGCUGGUCUGAAGAAAGAAGUACAAAAAGAUCAGGAUGCUAACAGACCAGCUGCCUCAUCCCCUAAGAGAUCAGCAGUAACAGCCACCAAGCUCCAUUCACCAGGACAUCCCAAGCAAAGGCCAACCACCCCAAAGAAUGGCUUCUCCCCCAAACCAGGAGAGAGUCGAGAUGCUGAGAAGCAGUUAAUUCAGAGACUAAAGGAAAAGUGUGAUGAGCAGUCCCGACGACUAAGCAAUAUUCAAGAUGAAUUUAAAAGGGCCAGCUGUGGCUUUGAUGUCUUUGCUGUAACAACACAGCACUUUUUCAGGCAGAAUGAAAAUGACCUUGUGAAAAUAAAGGAGUUAGGAGUCGAGAUUGCAAAGAUCAGGGAUGAAGUUGCCCUCAAUAUAGCAAGAUGGAAGAAACUACAGAGGGAGAAUGAGGAGCUGGAGACGUGCUUUGAGGAGAAGAUGAAGCAGCUUCACAGGCAGCACCAGGAGGAGCUGCAGGUGCUGGAGCAGCAGCUGCAGGAGGAGUACACCACCGAGAGGGAGAGCCUGCAGGAGCAGCACAGGCUGCAGCUGGAGCAACUCCAAUUGCAGCAUCAGGAUCAGGUGGAAGAUAUCACAGCUGUACACGAAGCUGCAAUGUUACAGUUGGAAAAUGACCACAUAGUUGCCAUUACAGUGCUGCAGGAUGAGAAUGAAUGCAAGAUUCAAGACCUGAAUACUGCUUACAAACUGGAAAAGGCACAGUUAGAAGAGAAUUUUGAAAAGCUGCGGCUGUCACUCCAGGACGAGAUAGACACCCUCACCUUCCAGAACCAAUCUCUUAAGGACAAAGCAGACCGAUUUGAAGAGGCUCUGAAGAAAAACACCGAGGAACAACUGAAGAUGGAACGAGCUCCAUAUCUGCACUUAGAAGAAGAUCUGAAGAGCUUAAAGCAUGUUCUGGAAAUGAAGAACCAUCAGAUUCACCAGCAGGAGAAGAUUAUUAUGGAGCUAGAAAAACAGGCUGAAAAGAACUUAAAGCUGGAAGAAAAAAUCACCAUGCUGCAACAGCAGAAUGAAGAACUCAGAGCCAGGAUUGAGCAGAAUACUGUCCUAACAAGGCAAUUGUCAGAGGAGAAUGCCAAUCUUCAAGAAUACGUUGAGAAAGAAGUGGAGGAGAAGAAGAAGCUGAGCAGGACUAAUGAAGAGCUCCUCUGGAAGCUGCAGGAGGGAGACGCCAUGAGCCCUGUGAAGCUCCUACCCCCAUCGCCCACUUCUUUGUAUCACUGCUCAUCAGGGAACUCCUCUCCAGCAAAAGCCAGAACCUUGCGGCGAUGAGUCGGCACCCGCGCGCCAAAGGUCCCCUGCCUUUUAUGCAUUUCCAAUCUGCCAGAUGUUACCUUCCAAGGAAGUACUCCCAUCAACAGCCACCCAGGGUUCAUGGCUGCAAGCAUGCUCAGUAGCUACGUAGCUUUACACUAGGCAGGGUACCCUUACAGUUCUCACACAGGAGCUUUUGAUGCUGACAUGUUGGUUAGGGUAGCAAAAAAGAUAGCAAGGAGCUAGGAGAGCAGAGAGUUAGGACAGCAAAACCUCUAGUGUGAUGUUUUAAAUUUUUAACUACGGUUAGAGCCCAAAGUUGGAAAAUACUUUAUUACUGGUUCAUCAGAAUGAACAUGUGCUGCAGUACUUCAGGUUAGUUACAAAUACAGUUCAAAUUGUGAAUAUUUCUGUAUAUGUGUCUUUGUUUAUAUACACGUACCUAUUGUACCUUUAUACCUAUAUAUAGACGCACACAUAUAUAUGUAGUUGAAGAUGUUCUGAAUUGCAUUUUUUUAUAUUAUUGGAUACUACUAAGUGCUGAUAUAUUUUCAUUACAGUCAGCAGUUUUCUAACUCGUGCCUAAGACUUGUAUCUAAACGAAAAGCAUUUCUGUUUAGCCUCCCAGGAAUAUUUAUACCCAACCAAGAAGAAAAUUACACCGAAUUAGAAGCGCCUUCCAAAUGUCCACCAAGUGGUACCCUAUGUAACAUGAACACCAGCGACUUUGAAAUUCUGAGACAGUACUGCCUUUAAAACCAUCACCUUUGCAUUGAACACCCGAUACAACACACAUACCGUCCUCUGCUUUUUAACCCUUGGCAUGGAUAUUGUAAGUGGAGAUAGGCUAGAGAUGAGAAACCUGAGGGCUUUAGCCAAUUUGAUAGAGUUUACAGGUUAACGCGUUUCGGUUUUGGCAUCUUCAGAUCCUAGUUGGAUCUUACCUUGUUUUCCCUUGCCCCGAUUUGGAUAAAUCAAAACCUCAAUUCGUAGGUUUCUGUCCAUUUUUGUUGGUUUUUUUUUUAAUUUCAAGUCCUAUAAGCAAGACAAAAAUACAUUCUUCAUCCUUGACCUUUGCUGGACAAGAGGUUUGCAGUAUUAGUGUGAGAUUCUGGGUGCCUGCCAGGGCUCUAGUUUCCUCCUGUCUGAAAUUCCAGUAGACUACACAUGUGCAAAUGAGGUCAGAAUUUCUUUCCUUCCACAUAAUUUCACCUUGCCAAAGCUUACCCAAAAUUCAUGGAAAAGAAUGGCUAAACUAACUUUAAUUUCUCUGCCUAUAAGCAAAAAAAUUCAUCCAGACUUGGGGUGACGUCUACCCAAGGGGUGGCGAGGCCAAGGACAGGCUUGGGUGGGACGUGCUGCAGGGCCCUUGUGGGCACUGCUAGCAAGAAAAACAAAACAAAACAAAACACAACCAAACAAAUCUGAGCAUAAUUUUUAAAAAAGAAAAAAAAAAAAAAGAGAGAUCUGUGGGAUGCUUUUCUAUCCAGCCUGGGGAAAAGAGCCUGCAUGCAUUCCUGUUCUGAGCACCUAGGUCGAAGUAGGUGGGAGAUGGUAGGUGCAGCAAAUCCCUGGGCAGCAGGAGUGCUCCAGGGAGGGCAGCUCUCCUACCCAUGGGCAGAGGUGGGAUUGCACAGCCCGGCCAAAUGGCUUGGAUGGGAGCUGUGUUUCAACUUUCCUGGGAAGUACUCAGGAUUCACAGACUGCAGGUUAGAUACAGCUUCAGUCACCAUCAAAGCACCCGUGGUCUGUUCCACGGCAUUAAAAGAAAAAAGAAAAAAUAAAGUGUUUUUUUUUUUCCUCUUUUUUAGAGAAAUUUAUUUUUGUAGUUGCUUUUGCAUGAGACUGUGAUACUGAGUAAAUUGAGCAUCUUGUUAGAAUAGGUCACGUGACACCAACUACUACUGUUGAAAUGCAUUACUAGAUUUUAGUAUGUCCAGCAAGUACAACUUGAAAGUAGGAUAGCUAGCGAGCACACACAUGCACACAAAGCCCCUCCUUGCUAAGUACAAUUUUAAUCACUUUUUACUUGCUAAAUGCACAGAUACCUGCAAUACAUACUGCAUUGUCAUGUUGCAUCCUUCCAGUACAAUUCUGAUACAAUGAGAUCAUAUGAUUUUGGUUGGAAGGGACCUUAAAGAUCAUCUAGUCCCAGUGCCCCUGCAGGGCCAGGGACAUAUUUAACUAGAUCACAUUGCUCAGAUUCCCAUCCAACCCGACCUUGAACACUUGCAAUGAUGGGGCAUCCACAGCUUCUCUGGCAACCUGUUGCAGUGUCUCACCACCCUCACAGGAAGUAACUUUUUCCUCAUUUCUAAUCUAACCUACACUCUUUCAGUUUAAAACUGUUGCCUCGUCCUUUCACUACAGGCUUUGGUAAAAAGUCUCUCUCCAUCUUUCUUAGAAGUCCCUUUUCAGUACCAAAAGGCCACAAUAAGAUCUCCCUAGAGCCUUCUCUUCUCUAGGCUGAACAGCCCCAACUCUUCAGCCUGUCUUCAGAGCAGAGGUGCUCCAGCCCUCUGAUCAUUUUUGUGGCCCUCCUCUGCACCUGCUCCAUCAGGUCCACGACUUUACUGUGCUGAGGACACCAAAACUGUACACAGUACUCCAGGUGGAUUCUCACCAGAGUGGAGCAGAGGGAGAGAAUCACCUCCCUGGCCCUGCUGGCCACGCUUCUUUUGGUGCAGCCCAGGAUGGGGUUGGCCCUCUGGGUUGUGAGAGCACAUUGCUGGCUCAUGUCCAGCUUUUCAUCCACAUGUCUUUGUUUAGUCAGCUGUUCCAUCAUCCAGUAAUGCCUCUCCACAGAAGAAGAGUCAGGAAAAGGAAAGGAGGCCUGUGGGUUGAAAUGGAAACUGAUUUAAUAAAAUAAUAAUAGCAAACUAAUAUUAAUACCAAUCCUAGUACAAGCUACACAGAGUUAUACUCAGCCCACACAGUGGCCGUGAGCUGUGCACUCCCAGCAGUGGACGCCAGAUGUCAAGCACCACAGCUCCAUCAAAUCGUGACAGUCACAACAAAUAGGAGAGUAGGCCUCCUCAGGAGCAAAGUGAUGGGAUGAGACCCUCCAGGGAUGGGGACCAUUGAGGGAAGAGACCCCAACAAACUUCGGAAUUUAUAGUGAGUGUGGCAUUUAUGGUAUGGAACAGGUCAGCUGCCUGGGCUUUCACUCCUAGCGUUAGCACCUGGCUCACUUGAAACUGCUAAAGAUCUUCGUCACUAUGGAAACCUGUGUACCAGGCCUGGCUGUGAACUAAAACAAUGUUUCUUACCAGCUUUGUUCCCACCAAAUCAGGUGCUGCAGUCUUCUCAAAAAGUGCAGCUUUCCUGGAUAGAAAAUUGAUUCUAUGGUUCUAUCCCAGUGAAACCAGGACACACCGGUACCCCCAAGUCCUUCUCGUCAGGGCUGCUCUAAAUCCCUUCAUCCCCCAGCCUGUAUUGAUACCAGGAGUUGCCCCAACCCAGGUGCACGAACCACAUGAGGCUCAACACAGGCUCACUCCUCAAACCUGUCCCUCUGGAUGGCAUCCAUGUCCUCCAGAAUCUCAACUACAUCACUAAGCUUGGUGUCAUCUGCAAACUCAUUGAGGGUUCAUUUGAUCCCACUGCCUGUGUCAUUAAUAAAGAUAUUAAACUCGUCCCUGUUACAGACCCCUGAGGGGCACCACUUAUUAUCUGUUACCCGUUUGGAAAUUGAGCCAUUCACUACAACUCUUCAGGUGCAGCCAUCCAGCCAAUUCCUUAUUCGUUGAGUAGUCCAUCCAUCAAACCCUUAUCUCUCCAAUUUAGCGACAAGGAUGUUGUGUGGAACUGUGUCAGAGGCCUUACAGAAGUCCAGGUAGCUGGUAUCACUUGUUCAUCCUUUAUCCACCAGCGCAGUCACUCCAUCAGAGAUGGCCACCAGAUUAGUUGGGCUGACUUCUCAGUGGUUUCUAGAGUCCUCCAUUUUACCCUUUUUCAAAAUGGGUGAGAUGAUGCAGCCAGAAUCAUUACCAUAAUGUUUAUCUAAACUUCUCUAUGCUAUGACAUGAAACCUUAAUACUGGCCCAACCCAUCCUUUUUAAAAUUUAUUCCUUCAUUCCUUCUAUUACUGGUGCUUUCCUUAUCACUUUGUUGAUUUAAAGUCAUACACAAGAGAUGCUUCCAGCAGUGAAUUGGGAGUAGGGCUUUUUUGGUGGGAAAACUGGGACCAAUCCCAGCUCUACCAUCAUUUGGUGUCAUUGCCAGUCCCUUUCCCAUCUUAUUUUUGCCUCCCAAUCCUGCCUCUCACUGGAUUCUUCCUUGGCAUGGUCUGUAGGGCCUGCCCAAAUGCUAAUAAAGCUGCAGGAAGUUUUGCCAGACCAGAGGGAACGAGUAACCCACUCCUGCGGGGACGUGAAGAGUGGUUCCUUCUGCUGCAAGCCCAGAUGCAUGGACUUCUUUCCCCCCAGAAAGGUCAUUCCUUUUUUCCUGCUCUUCUUUUGUCCUGCCCCUCCUUGUGUCUGCAUGCUGGAGUAGCUGUGAAGGGGGAUGGAGCCCCUCAAGUGCAUGGCCGAGCUGGUGACUCCUGCUCUUGCCAGGCAGCUGCCACCAUGCAGGGCGAGUUUGGCAUUCCCAGCGGCACGGGGGCCACUUCUCUAGUCCUUGCUUGCUGCCCAUCCCUGCUUGAAGAUAAGCGAGGGAAAGCAUUUUGCUUUCAGAGGGCUGGAGACUUCCCCAGCACCAUAGCAGUUACAGGGGCUUUCCCGUUUUGCAGGGUAGGGUGGCCUUUGGCAGGAGAGGGAAAACAGCCAGCACUGAGCUGAAUUUUAUUGCCUUUACGUCUUUAAAAAGGAAACCUUUGAUUUGAUUAAUCUUUAUUCAAGGCAGAAGGCUGCAGCAGAAAGAAAACUCUCCUAAAGUUGCUCUGAAGGGCCUCCAGAGACUGUCAUCAGGAGCAGGUAACAGCCAUGGGAUAGCUGGAGAGCCAGCAGUGAGUGGGGGGGCACAGGGAGCUGGGAAAGCUGCAGGAAAGCUCUAGAUGUCUGCAGGAAAGCCAUGUUUGUCCCAGUCAGGACAGCAGCUCUGGCAGCUGCCGGCACAGAGGGAUUAUCUUGGCAGAUGCACAGCAGCACAGACUUGGGGUGGGGGCGAGGAAAGAAAAACUAUCAAGUGCAAAAUCAGGUAUUUUACGUCUCUGCACUGAUGGUGGUUGUGUCCCAUGGACACGCUGAGGAGCCUCUGUACAGUUUUCCACGCAGCAGGAGUUCUGUGGUCCCGUUUACUAUGUGGCUAAUGAUUACAGGAAGAGUUUGUAUUAUUUCAGUUACGAUGUACAGAUAAGUGUAAUAUAUUCCUGAUAAUAAACACAUGCGCCAGCGCAUACGAA